CACGCACACACCACCCAGUAUACCACCAAUACAGAAUUUCAAACCUUGCUCUCAAGGCUUCCAUAUUUAUACUCUCUCAUUCCCAUCCCUUGCAAGAAAAAAGAACACAACUUUUCUUGAAUAUAUCUCUAAAACUGAUGGCCAUUCGCUACCCCAAGAUGGUUUCUGCUAAGCAUAUGCUUCGCCGUGUUCUUUCAUCAACAGAAAAUGCAGAUGUUCCUAAAGGGCACUUGGCUGUUUAUGUUGGAGAAAAGCAGAAGAGAUUCGUGUUACAGGUUUCUUGCCUGAAUCACCCAUCAUUCCAAGAGUUGCUAGGUCAGGCUGAAGAGGAGUUUGGAUUCGAUCAUCCUAUGGGUGGCCUCACAAUCCCUUGCAGAGAAGAAGUCUUUGUUGACCUCACUUGCAGCUUCUAGGCGGAUUAUUCAGUGUAGAAUCGCUUCUUGAAGGACAUGAUUGCCUCUCUAACAUCACUGAUAAGGAUGAUUUUGACCUGAGAAAUUUGUAAAUUGAAAGUUUCUCAAAUAGAGGUGAAGUUUUGGUCUUCAAAGUGAAUAUUAUGUUCACGUUCUUCUUCA